AUGAGUGAAUUGAUAAUUGUUAAUUCUUCAGCAUUCGAGAGAAUUGAAGAAUUAAAAUCCUUGAUUUCGUUUCAAUCAAGAGUUCUAGAUCGAAUCAAGCAAGAUGUUUCGCUUGCUCAAUCUCAAGUUGAUUUGCAAUUUGAAAUCAUGGAUUCGCUAAACAAAAUGUAUGCAGACACAACAUCAUAUACAGGAAAUAAAUCACCUUUUGCUAAAACGUUAAGAAAUUUCGACAAGAAAAAUCCAAAUGUUCGAUCAACUAUCCAAACGCCUGCAUUACAGCCUCUAUCAGGUAUAGAAUCGCCAACAUCCCCAGGAAAAUCACAUGACUAUUCACAUGCAUUACUCUCAGCUAUUGAUUAUGACUUUUUUUCUCGAGAAUAUCCUUUAAUUCUUUCAUAUCUCUUUGAACGAAACAUAAAAGACGAAAUAAAAUCAAUAAGUUCUUCGUGUGAAAAGCUUGCACUCUCAAAACGAACAGAUUACUUAAAUAACGUUUUUAAACAAUUAAAUGAAACCUCACAGAUCUUUGAUGCAAUUCUUAAAUUAGUUAAUGCAACUUCAUUUUCAGAGUUAACAGAGAUGAUUGAAAACAAAAUACCAAAAUUAUUAAAUAUUCAGCGAGCAGCUAUAUUCCAAAUCGUUGAUUCUGAUAUAGUUUUACAGAGAGAAUGUAUGAAAUUACACAGAUCAUUCAACAGCGGCGUUUUUUAUAAUAUUUUCAAAUCUGGUCGAAUUAAAAUUGUUUCAUGUGAAAAUCCUGACAUUACAUCAAUAGACCAAUAUCUGUUUAUGAAAAAUCAAGUCGCAUUAGUCGUUCCAAUUGAUAAUUUAUUGUUAUUACUUUUUGAUAAAACUGGAGGCUUCAAAGAAGAUGAUUUUCUUAUUGCACUUGGCAUAUCCAACUUCAUACGCGAAAUGGCACCUUCACUAGAACAAAAAGAUGUUGAAAGACCGAAUAUCCAGACAACAAUAAAAAUUAUGAAUAAUUUUUCACCAAAAGUUCUUGGAGAAGUUUUCCAUUGCGAAGGUGUCAGAGUAUUCCAUGUAUCUUCAAGCAAAAAAGUCUUUUUGGACUCAAAUGAAGUGAAACCAACAAUUUACAGCAUAUCCACAGGAAUUGUCGGCCAAUGCAUUACAAAAAUGAGAUUGAUACGUAUGUCUAAACCAGAACUUUCAGUUUUGUUCGAACCAGCCGUUGAUCGAAUUAAUAUGAAUACUCCAACAUCAUCUAUCAUGGUUUCACCUAUUUUCAGUAAAGACAAUAAAGUUAAGUACGUUAUUGCUCUUUAUUCUAGGAAAAACGUUGACUUUUUCACAGAAUUAGACGAAAAUACGAUGAAAAUGGUUUGUAAAUCAUUAAAUCCUAUAGUUAGAGGAAAUAAACUUCAAAAGCAGCUAGAAAGGAAGGAAAAUCAUAUUAAAUAUUUAACUUUAACAAUGGAUAUUUUCAAUCUUCAUGUAGAUCUCCUUGAUUUCUAUAGAAUGAAGAACCUUAUGAACAGAGCUCUCUCAGCUGUUGUCGGUGGUGACUCAGAAGUAUUUUUGACAGAUUAUUUCCGAAAUGAUUUAUCAGAACUACGUACAGAGUUCAAUGAGAAGAUAUCAGAGACAGGAAGUCCACAAUGUAUCUCAGCUUGCACUGGAAAAAUGAUGCAGAUGAUCGUAAGCGACACACAAACGAAAUAUUAUAUUCCAUUACCUGGAAACAACGGACAAAUCUCAGCUGUUGUUAAACUUGAUAUCGAUAAAGUUGCUGCAAAAGCAAAGCGCAUCAUUUCUGUUUAUUCCAGCGUUUCCAUGAUAAAAUUAGAUUCAUCAUCAGCUUCUUUCAACACGAAAUCAAGUUUGCAGCUUAAAGUUGAGAAGAUGAACAACUCCUCACAAGCUCAAUUCACAGAAAUCGAUGAUAGAAGAAUUACAAAUUGCGCAAAACCGAUCAGAGACUUCUUUGGCUCAUUAUGCGACGCUUACAAAAAUUUUUCGGAUGACAUUUCAGCAGUAAAAUUCUCAAUGGCCAUUGAAAAGAUUCCUGAAGAAAAUAGCUCUUUGUACGUGCGUGCACACGAAGACCUUUCCGCUCUAAUAGGAACAGCCGCCUACGGACCAACAACUUUCAUUCAAAUCCCAGUUAAAAAUGAAAAUUUCCAAAAAGUGACAGCAACAAUGUUACGGAAGUUAACAGAGAUUUGCGGGUUCCCUGACUUAGCAGACCCUGUACCAACCGUUACAUUAGCCAUGCCAUCGAAAGUUCCUGAAGAUUUGUCACUGGACAUUUACAAUGAAGAUGCGAAAAGUUUACUUUCAAUGACAACUUAUAUGUUGUUUGAAUUCGGAAUUGAAGAAGUUUUAGAUGCAGAAGACUCAAAUAUUUUGUUCCUUCUUAAAGAGCUGAGAGGUCUGCAUUCAGCACACUGGGAAGUUGCUGUUGACAAUGUUCAUUUUGCUUAUCUCCAGUUGAAACAAAUGAAAGUUGAAAACAAAAUUGAAGCGUUAAGUUUGAUGUUUUAUUUGCUUUGUUAUUCAGCAAAUAAAAUAGAAACAACAGGAGCUGUUGUACAAGCAAUUGAAACAGGAACAGCUCCUUCUCCUUCCUCAAUUCUUCUUUAUGCAGCUGCAGCAAGCAAUGCUCCAUUUUUGGAGAAAAAAGAAUGGUUUGAAAUUUUGGAAAAAGUUUCGUUUUUGUCUUCCUGUGAAUCUUUUGAUUCUCUUGGAGAGAACUCUGAUACAUAUUGCUUGUUGGCAAUCUUAUCAAAGAGAUCUUGCCUUGCAAGGAAAUUUGAAGUCGCUGAGAGAUAUGUCAAAGAAAGAUUUUCUGACCAAGUUUUGAUGAAAUAUAUUUUAGAGGCAGAAAUGCGCGGAAUGAUUCUCCCUGUGAUUUUCGAGUUGACAACACCAACAUUCAAGACAGAUACAAUUAGAAUGCCGAUGGUGACAAAUGCUCGAAAGAUUACAGGAGCAUUCAUAUAA